UGUAUAGCAGAAAUUGAAAGAAUCGCAGAAACUGAAAGACAACCAUGUUUGGAUGUCAUUGGCAAAUUUAUUGUGCUGAAAAUAGCAUCGAUCUCAUGGGUAGUUUUAUGAGAGGAUCAUCUUCAUAAAAAUAAGUUGCCCUUCCUCUUCGUAAACUGAUUAACAAACAAUUGAUGUGUUCAGGACUGCUCAAACUAUAAGCUUACUGUUUACCAAUAUAGCAGCUUUAAUGGAGCAUUGGUUCAAUGUAUUCGGUUGGCUACUUUCAAUCGUAACUGCAGCAGGAAAUGGCUUUGUAAUCUUUCUCGUCUCCAAAACUCGCCGACUACAUUUACGCUCGGCCAACUUGUUCGUCCUUUCCUUGGCAGUAGCCGACUUUGGCGUCGGAAUUGCGGUUUUUCCAUCGAGUUACUUUUGCAAUUACUCAAUGGCGUGUAACUUGAGGGUGCAAAAGGCAUUCUUCUGGUUCCUCCUUCACUCUUCGGUCACAAAUCUUUGCACCUUGACUUGGGAUCGUUACAUUGCCAUCGCUCAUCCUUUCAAAUACAAUAACUCAAUGACGAAGAGACGCCCUGGAAUAGUUAUCUUGAUAGCAUGGUCGAUUCCUUUUGCGAUCUCGCUGUCACUUCUCGUGGGAAUCUACGUCAUAACUUCCAACACUGCUCAUAUUGUUAUAAAACUAACUGGCGUGUCUGCCUUUGACAUUAUUUGCUGUGUGCUACUCUUCUAUGCUGUCGUUCGUAUCCUGGUUGCUGCACGUGCAAAGUCGCGCCAAGAAGCUGCAAUAGAACUACAAAUUCAGUCUAACCACUCCAUCGAAUUUUCAAACUCGCAUAAACGUAGGAAAAACAACACAGCUCGUUUCAUCAUUGCUCUCGUUGUGUUCUUCUUGGGAUGCUACGUAGCGGUCAAUUACUUAGUUUUGUGCCUUAUUUUUUCUUGUCAUAUUAUGCCAGAUCAAGCGGGCCAGGUCGUCUCUUGCUUACUGGUUUUAAACUCCGCAGUGAAUCCUUUUGUUUACGCGUUAUUGAAGAAGGACAUUAAGGAGGAAAUAAGCAAGCUUAUCACUAAGGAAAACAACCAUCGAGUGAGAUCAUCAGCAACAACAACCUAUAUUUCAGGUGCUGAAUGCAACUAAAAUUUAACGGACAUAAAAAGAAAGAAUUCGAGAAAUAAAAACUUGCUUAGAGUUCUGACUGUCUGGAACAGCCAUAAUCGUUAGAGCAUCCAGACAGCCAUUAGACCAUUUUACAGUUGUCUGUUCAAUGACCUGGCAUUUCAAUGGCAGCGAGGCUGCAGGCGGCCUUGUUUUGAUCGAUAAAGACCCCACUGCUUUUGUUGUGUAAAUCAAAUUGUUCUUAUGCUAACGUUAACAAGCUGGCAUUUAAACGAGAAAAACAGAGAAGUUUGUAUCAAAGCAAGGUCACCUCCAGCCUCGCUUGCAUUCAUAAGUCAGAUAACUAAGCACACAACUGUAAUAUAAUCUAUCAAGAUAUGUAAAGAAGAUCAAGUGAUAUAUAAAACCAAGUUGGCUUCAAGUUAGUAUCACAUAUUACCCUCACUGAGGCAUGCACACGAAGCUCCCUCGCACAGCGAGAAUUCACACACUGUCAGCCAGUGCACACUCACACAAACGCUGAACGUAAUAUCAUCUGCAUGUGGUUUCUAACCCCUGUUAUCACCUAUUGUCAAGUCUGUCUAAAUAGCAAAAUUACAGAUGUUAUACGUAUAUAUGUUUUGUUCGCUAUAGAUUGGAAGCUUGCGCCUUUAUAUUAGCAUAAAUGACCAAUUUUCAAGUACUUUUUCUCAACUCAUUUGCUAAUGGGUAAAUUGAGUCAUUUGUAUUUGCCACACUUUGGUGCACUUCAUAAGGCAGGAUUUAUUCGUGAAUUACCGAGCCAUUUUUGAAAGCACAGGUUUAAAGUUCCAUGGUAGCAAACCCCCUGAUCCUGCUUAAUGAUUUGCUAUAUGCCAGACCUCAGGUUCCUCCUCUUAUCAUAGAGUGGGCACCCGGCCUUCACACCAGUUCGUGCUUUUUCUCGAAAACGUUAGACAAUCAGACCCCGAUUGUUUAAUGGACGUGUUACCACCAGUCAGGCACUUUCCCUUAAAUAGUUAAGACAAAAAAGUGGCA